AUGUUAAUGUAUCACAUUUUGCAGAGGCACUUUACACCGACGACAAAGCGCAUCGUGGGAGCAGGUUUAUCGUCAUCGUUUGCGUUGUCGUUUUUCUCGUCAGCUUCUCAACCUAAAGUCGAUGUCGAUGAGUCCAAACCGAAGAACUUUGACAUCAUUGUUCGAGAGGCAGACGCGCUCUACGACAGCUACCUCAUCGACAAUGCAUACAGUAUUCUGAAAAGGUAUGCGAUCCUUCUCGACUAUAUUGGAGAAAUUGAGGGAAAUAAAUCACGCCUUCUGAAGUCCUACGAGGUGAAGGAACAUCUCGAACGUGCACUUCAAAUAUGCUCCAGCGAUGCAACAACAUGGCACAUCCUUGGCGUCUGGCAUUUCUCAUUCGCCGAUAUGGGUUAUGCUACUCGACUUGUGGCUAAGGCGGUCUUCGCGACACCGCCCUCAUCGACUUAUGAACAGGCAUUACAUUACUUCCUUAAGGCGGAGGAGAUUUCAGUGAGUUUAAUAGAAUGA